AUGCCCGAGAGUUCUAAUAUCCAUAGUAAAAAAAUUUAUCAUCGAUUUGCAUCUCGUCGAUCAGUUUGUUAUCAACAAGAUUUACAUCCAACUAUAUUGUUGAACAAGGUAUGAAAUUCCAGAAUAAUAUUUUGAACUUGAAAAAAAGUGUUCGUAAAAAUCAAAGCUUUUCCCUUCUCGAAAAUAUAAAAAUUUAAAAAUGAAUAAAAACAUUAAUUUAUUUUCAACUCGUCUUUUCAGGUAGUAGACGAGACACAUUUUUCCAAAAACGAGGUUCGAGCAAUCUAUAGGGCUUUCAAAGAAACUUCACCCAAUGCAGUGAUAAAUAAGAGUAAGUUCAGAUAUUCUAUUCCAAAAAAUAAGCCUCAAAAAUCCCUUCAAUUUUCAGAUAUAAUGCGUGAAAAGUUUGCGGAACUUUUCCCACACGGUGAUAUUGAACAUUAUAGUGAUUUAUUAUUUGAAACUUUUGAUAACGAUGGGAAUGGAACUAUUAAUUUUCAAGUAGGCAUUUAUUUUCUAUCUGCGAAAAUAUCUAAUGAACAUUUUUAAAGGAAUUUGUAAAAGCGUUAUCAAUAUUAUGUCGAGGAACAAUGGAUGAAAAAUUAGAAUGGCUAUAUAAAUUGUAUGAUCCGAAAGAUAAAGGUGAAAUCUCAUGGGAUCGAUUAUUUUAUGUAAUAACUUCUAUGGAUGAUUUGAUGGGGAGAACAGCAAAACCACAUCAUACAAGAGAACAGAAAUCAGAGAGAACUAAUCAGAUAUUUGAGGUAACAAAAUAAUUCCGAAUUUAUUAUAUUAAUAAGUUUUUUUCAGAAGUUCGAUGUUGGUAGAAAAGGUCGGAUAACAAAAAAAGAUUUUUUCUACGUUUGUAAAACCGAUAAAACAAUACUGAAUUCAAUCACAGCAUUAUAUACACUACUUCCAGGAUAA